AUGUUGUUUGUGAAUAACUCUGCCAUUAUUGGACUUGACAAGUUCUUUUCUAUAUCUUCUAAUUUGACAAGUCUUGCUCCAAACCCUUAUGGAAAAGCUGGCCGGAAGAGAUUUUAUGAAGAAGACAACCGGUCUAUCCUUGAUGAUCUUCAGUGUAAUGACCCUGACAAUUGUGGCUUUAGUUCGGAUGCUCAUACUGAAGGCACGGUGUGGGACUUGAUCCCUGGUGUGAAAAGUGAUAUGUACCCUCAUCAGCGUGAAGGUUUUGAAUUUAUUUGGAGUCACUUAGCUGGUGGAAUUCAGCUUGGAAAGUUGGCAAAACCUAGUGCUUGUGGCGGUGAUGGAUGCAUUAUAUCACAUGCACCUGGGACUGGGAAGACUCGUUUGACUAUUAUCUUUAUCCAGUCGUACAUGAAUUUUAACCCAUCAAGCAGGCCACUCAUUGUUGCUCCACGUACCAUGCUUCUUACUUGGGAAGAGGAGUUUAAGAAAUGGGGUUUUGACAUUCCCUUUCACAAUCUUAACAAUCCUGACUUCACUGGCAAGGAGGAUGAAGCAGCUCGCAAUCUUGUGAAGGAUAGUAAAAGUUCAGAAAUGAUAAACUUGACCCGUAUCGUGAAGCUAAAGUCCUGGGCAGAGAAAAGAAGCAUCUUGGGUAUUAGUUAUUCACUGUUUGAGCAGAUUUGUGGAGCUUCUACCAAGAAAGGAAAACAUCCACUUUCUCCAAGACGAAAGCUCGAAGCUGAGCAGAUGUGGAAAGUCCUUGUUGAAUUUCCUGGUCUUGUAGUAUUUGACGAAGGGCACAAUCCUCGCAACGACCAGAGUUACUCAUGGAAUGCUCUUUUAAAACUGAAAACAAGAAGGCGCAUUCUCCUCUCUGGUACUCCUUUUCAGAAUAAUUUUGAGGAGCUCUACAAUACAGUCUGCCUGGUGAGGCCAGAAUGGACCACCAAUCCUACCUGCCUUGGAGCUUUUGACAAAAAGCAACGGACUUGGGGCCAAAUGCGAAGCAGAAAAGGCAAUGCUGGGAAAGGCCAAUUUGCUGAUGAUAAUACAAAACGAGCUAAAGAGGUCAGAGCUAUGAUUUCCCCAUUUGUGCAUGUUUACAAAGGCACCAUACUGCAAGAUAAGCUUCCCGGGUUAAGGAACUCAGUUGUUGUUUUACAGCCAACAGCUUUACAGCAGAGAUGUUCUGACAGAAUUCAGCUGAUAAAGAAUCCAUUUGAAUAUGAACGAAUAGAGGCUAAAGUAACUAUCCACCCCUCUCUCUUGCUUAAUGAAAAGCGCUCUAUGUUUCUUGAGGAAGACAAGCAUUCAGGUGACUGGGAAAGGCUAACAGAAAUCAAGUUAAAUCCUGAAGGUGGAGUGAAGGCAAGAUUUGCAGUUGAUCUCAUUCGGCUUUGUCAAGCUAUGAAUGAAAGAGUUUUGGUAUUCAGUCAGUGGGUUGAUCCAUUGCUCUUAAUAAGGGACCUGCUCAAAUCUCAGUUUCAGUGGGUGGAAGGAGAGGAGGUUAUGUAUAUGGAUGGAAAAUGUGAUGCAAAGCAGCGCCAAUCCUCAAUGAGUUAUUUCAAUGAUCCAUCCACCAAAGCAAAGGUUAUGUUAGCUACAACAAGAGGUUGCAACGAAGGAAUAAGUUUAGUUGGAGCUUCAAGGGUCGUACUGCUUGAUGUUGCAUGGAACCCUUCUGUUGAGAGGCAAGCUAUAUCCCGAGCAUUCCGAUUGGGACAGAAAAAAAUUGUGUUCGUCUACCAUCUCCUCAUGGCUGGGGCAAGAGAAGAGGACAAAUACAACCGACAAGUUGAGAAGUAUUGGUUGUCUGAAUUGGUAUUUUCUUGUUCGGAUACAGAAGCUGAUGCCAAGAAAAUCCCAGCUGCGGUCGCGGAGGACAAGAUUUUGGAAGAGAUGGUUCAGCACCAGAAACUGAAGCAUAUAUUUCAAAAGAUAACAUUACUGGAUGAAGCUUCAUAUUUGGACGAAGAAUUUGUAUGAAGAUUCUAAAGCCUCUGGAGCUUUUUACUUUAUAGAAGAGGUAUUUUGAGGAUGGGGAGGAAUUAUGCGGUUCAGAGAAGCAAAGCAUAAGGAGGAUCAUCAACUUUCUAUCUUCCAGUUUCUUCCUUGUGUUAUUUUCUUAGUUGUCUUUAGGCAGUGUUGAAGAUCACAGCAUCUGGAUUGAUCACACUCUU